AUGUUCACAAUUCGUAGGCUUUCAAAACAGUUUCUAACAUGCUCAGUGAUAUCUCGGUCUUAUCGUUAUUUAUCUGUUGGUGCAGCAAGUCAUAAAACAGCCACUGAAGAAUUACAACCGACAAUAAAUAUAAUCAAAGAAGAUCUGCAAUUAAUUCACCGUGAUAUUUUGCAACAUUUGGGAUGUUAUGAACAAGAAUUAAACGAAUUAGCUAAAUAUCAUUUUGAUGCCAAAGGUAAACUUAUUCGACCGAUGAUUAUCUGUACAAUGGCAAGAAGUUUCAAUCAACAACAAGACAAUUUCUUGCAUGAAAAUCAACGAUGUAUAGCCACACUUGGAGAAAUGAUUCAUACAGCUAGUUUAAUACAUGAUGAUGUCGUUGAUUCCAGUGAUCGACGAAGGGGGAAACCGGCUGCAGCUGUUCAAUGGGGACCAAAAAAAGCCGUACUAGCCGGUGAUUAUAUUCUGGGUAUAUCUUCGGUGCUACUUGCUCGUAUUGGUAAUAGUGAUGUAGUUUCACUUCUUGCUCGUGUUAUUCAAGAUCUUGUUCGAGGUGAAUUCAUGCAAUUAUCAACAAAAGAAAGCGAUGCUGAGCAAUUUCAAGAUUAUCUCAAUAAAACAUUUUGUAAAACUGCAAGUCUAUUUGCAAAUACAUGCAAAGCUGCCGCACUAUUGGGAAAUCUUCGUGAUAUUAAUUUAAAUCAAUUAGCUGAUUAUGCUUAUGAGUUUGGAAAAAAUUUUGGUAUGGCCUUUCAAUUAAUCGAUGAUCUACUUGAUGUAACCUCAACCGAUGAUGAUCUUGGAAAACCAGCAACUGCUGAUUUAAAAUUAGGCUUAUCCACGGCACCAGUACUAUUUGCUAGUCAACAAUUUCCAGAAUUACAAACUCUCAUAUUGAGACGUUUCUCCGAGUCAGGUGAUAUCGAACGCGCUGUGGAAUUAAUUGAUCAAAGCGAUGGAAAAGCUCGAACGUAUCAUCUUGCCCAACAAUAUGCUAAUGAAGCUUGCCGAAUCCUUAGUGAAUUUCCACAGUCGUCAAAUGGAUCGAAUCGAUUUCUCAAUUAUUUGAUUUAUCUAACUCAAUCUACCCUAGAACGUCGACAUUAG